AUGGACUUCUUUGUGCAGCGUAUACAGAAUAUCGCCAUUGGCGGCAGAUAUCAUCUGGUGCGGAAACUGGGAUCCGGUUCUUUUGGCAGUGUGUAUCUAGGCCGUGAUGCCGAGACCGGCCACGAAGUUGCCAUGAAACUCGAACAUCACAGCGUUGCGCCGUCGCUGCUUGAAGAAGAAGCACGAAUCUAUCAAUCCCUGGCCCGGAACCCUGGCUUUCCUCAGGUGCUCUGGCACGGACAGAAAGAUGACUUCACGGUUUUGGUCUUUGAACUGCUCGGCCCGAACUUGGAAGACUUAUUCCGAUAUUGUGGCAAUCAGUUUUCGUUGAAGACGACGCUGAUGCUCGCCGACCAACUACUACGUCGUUUGGAGAGUUUGCAUUCCAACAACUACCUUCACCGGGAUAUUAAGCCUGAAAAUUUUCUCCUGGGUGUGGGCGAGCGAGCGAAUAUCGUCUACAUGACCGACUUAGGCCUUGCGAUCUACCGCCAUCCCGAUCGGUGGGGCUCGAGUAGUACUCCUACUCAUGUUGACAUACGAGCACGUCCUCCUCAAUUAUUAGGCACGUGUAGGUAUGCGAGCAUCAACGGGCAUUUGGGGGUCGCACAAUCUCGGCGCGACGACUUGGAGGCACUCGGCUACAUGCUAGUGUAUUUCAUGCGUGGGAAACUCCCUUGGCAAGGUCUCAAGGCGCAGCGGGAUACCAAAUACCUGCUGGUUUUGGAGAAGAAGCAGGCAAUCAGUGCGAGGGAACUCUGUGCUGGUCUUCCUACCGAAUUUGUUGACUACUUCACUUACGUGCACGAGUUACGCGAUGAGGAGCGGCCAGACUAUCAGCGCCUUCGGAAGAUGUUCACCAAACUCUUCCGCCAGCAAGGGUUCGAGUAUGACAACGUGUUUGACUGGACGAUUCGAGAAUUCCAGAGGCUAGGGCUUGACGCUGAAGAGUCACCUACAUCGAAUAGUGUGAACGAGAAGCGAGGAGUGGACACCACGAAGCCAUGGGGUUGUGGAGUCCAGGAUGCGACCGAGACGACUCGUGGAAGGAAGAGAUGA